UUGAAAGCAAUAGUUUAUGGCAGAGGUCUCCAUAGGACUAUAACCAGUUAAGUAGUUUAUGAAAAUAAACUUCGUAAUCAUAUUUUUCUUCUUAAUUCCUCCCUCCUCUGAAUACCUGGGAGCUUCCGAGUCAAGAAGGAGGAGAUGAAUUACGAAUUUGAGCGAGAAAGUGGUUUUAUCAACAGCCAGCCGUCGCUCGCUGAGUGCCUGACAUCUUUCACUAACCCUGUCGGUGAUGCAUUUCAAAGUUCAUCAAUCAAGAGCUCAGCGCUUUCACAGUCGACACUGAUUCCUCCUCCUUUUGAGCAGACCAUCCCCGGCCUGAACCCGAGCGUCCACCCACGCCACAGCCGCUCUAAGCAGGCUCAGAAGGGAUUCAACCCGCUACAGGCUGUAUCCCUACCCCCGGAGUACCCUUGGAUGAAGGAGAAGAAAAGCAUCAAGAGGAACCAGGUUGCUUCUACUGCUGCCUCUUCUUCUGCUUCUGCUGCUGCUGCUGCUGCUGCUACUGCUACUGCUGCUGCUGCUGCUGCGACAACGGCUGAAUCCUCGCCACUCUACUUCUCCCCCCAAGGUUCACCCGAUACACCAGAGAGUAGUGCUGGCGAUGGAGGGGGAUCAAGGAGGUUGAGGACUGCGUACACCAACACCCAACUUCUGGAGCUGGAGAAGGAGUUUCAUUUUAACAAAUACCUGUGCAGACCGAGGCGAGUGGAAAUAGCUGCUUUGUUGGAUUUAACAGAGAAGCAGGUGAAAGUGUGGUUUCAGAACAGGCGGAUGAAGCACAAGAGGCAGACCCACAGCUGCCACAGCAAGGAGAACAGGGACAGCGAGGGGAAAUAUGCCUGCCAGGACGACGGGCCAGAGGACGAGUCGGAGGAGGCGACGGACAUCAGCGCAGUCGGGACGCUCUUUGAGAGGGAGCGGUAUUUCCACCAAAAUACCUUGACUUCACAACAGUGCCAGAACGCACACAAUGGGGACAACCAAAGCCCAACUGUUACCCCUUUGAGCAGCAAUGAGAAAAAUCUGAAACAUUUUCCAAACCCGUCACCCAUUGUUCCCAUCUGCGUGUCCACAAUAGGCCCGAACAAUGCUAAUUCCCCGGACCUGGACGCCUCUUUGCAGGAUUUCCAAGUUUUCUCAUCCUCGUCCUCUUUCUCACCGAGUUUGUCAGAGUCAGCUCAAAGUCCCCUGCAUUUCCCCUGCGAAACUUUCGACCUCUUCUCAGAAACACUCACAACAAUCGACCUUCAGAACCUGAGUUAUUGAAAUGUUUCGACGUGUGUAAUUGUAACUCAGAGGCUUGUGCUAGUUUAGAACGUGAGAGGGGAAAUUUUAGUAGAUGAGGUAAGUUAAAGCUAAAUAAACAAAACUACUAUUUUUGCCUGAAUGGACUGUUAAAGUAGGCUGGUAGAGGACCGUGCACAUUUAUUUUUAUAUGGAUUGCAACUAUAAUUG